AUGCUCAAACUAUUCUUUUCAUUUUGUCCUCGGCAGGCUCUGAUGAAAAAUGCUACAGAUGCAAUGAAGGUGUCUCGGAUUUCUGAUCUCAUUGCAUCGCUCGAGGCACUUGAUCAUUGCGAACAACAUGCUCGAUGCGUAUAUGAACUUUUUGAGAGAGAUGGAAACAGAGCAAUUGUCAUUGAAGAACUUGCUUCAGAACUUGGAUUUGGUCCCUCAAUCCCGCUUCAUGUGGUUCUCCAUGACUAG